AAUUUCGCUUCCAACUUUUUCCUUGCGUUCUUGCCAAAGAUGGGGAUCAAGAUGCCGGGCACCAAGCUGCCCGCACCUUCUUCCGCAUCUUCACCGUCGCAAACCCUUCCACCGCCCACGCGUCCUCGAUUACAGGCCAUCAAUCAAGGGUCAGGGGACCUCAGUGAACAGAUCGGCCAGGCAGCGCACAUAAUCGGCCUCCCCACCGACUGGGAAGCGCUUCGCGGAUAUGCUCGUGCGACGGCAAUCCACCGCCUGGUCCCCGCCCGCGCAGAUUGGGUUCUCAAAUGGAUCCUCGAAAAGAUGAAAGAUGCCGCUGCUCGUGCGAACCCCAGCGCAUGGGUUCUUUUGGAUUGGAUGAUCCAAGUCCUGCCCAUCUCCCGUUGCGCCCCUCACUUGCUGGACUCUUCCUUCGUUACAAUCCUCGAGCAAACUCUGCAAGAAACGUUCGGCACCGAUGCGCUCGCACAGCCUUCGGUCACAUCGUCGCGCACGUCGUCUCGAGAUUCGAGCGAAACCAGCUUCCAGGAUUCUUCCUCUACAGGUCGCAAGCGGAAGCGCGGUGCUGUGGGCGUCGACUCACCGUCUAAACGGGCUUCCCUUGAAUCAGACCUUCCAAUGAAGCUCUUCGAUGCCGUCAAAACCGUCAUGCAUUCCGUUAUAAAAAAAUCAGAGGAUGCCGACUUGGGUGAGAGAUCAGUUCAGGGCGAGCUCAUGAAGAUAGUACUGCAGGCGGACAGCUCGCAGGCCGCUCGUGUUCUGAAGAGUUGGCUGAUCGCCGCCAACCGGCUUCUCGUUUCUGACACCGGAGAGUCGACGACGACCGGAGUCGACUUGAUUCCUAUCCUUGAAUUGUGGGAUUCUCGGGCCGUGGAUACACAGGCACAACCAGGAGCCUCUACCGAAGACUUCGCCGCUGAGUGUCUAAUACCAACCCUGGUUCUUUUGCAGGCGCUGCAAACGAAAAGCCACCGUUCAGACGCGAGUACCACCGUUCUCCGAUUCUCUCGGGAGGCCAUAAUUUCUCUAGAAAGGCUACUUGUACGCCAUGUAAUUGCACCUGCUCGAUCGGCUUUCCUAGGCAGUGAUAGUCCCAAAAACACCGAGAAGAACCCGCUCUCAAACAAUCUGGGAUCAUUGCGGGCAGCCCUUCUCCAGGCGGCGCAGAUGGAGGACAAUGGUGAUGUGAUCCCCACGGCGUUGUCAUCUCUGUUCACGUCGGCGCCUCAUCUACUUGAUUUGACCAUCCGCUCUUCACCAGCGCGAUCUUUGAAAAGCAAAGUAUCGGAACGGCCGUGGGUACAGGCUGCCUUCGUUGCACUAGCGGAAUGCAUCGGAUGCGUGUUCGAGGCGCCCAAAUUUGCGACGCCACAGGCCUCCAUCGAUGCUGUCAAAGACUGCCUCCGAGUUCUCGUAUCCCAGGACUUUGGUCUCGAUUCGGACAUCCUAAAGGAUCUUUUCUGGUUUCACUCUGGGUUUGAGUUUCCCAAGGGACAGACCACGUCAGCUCAAUGGCAACUCCUAGAAUCAAUAGUCGCCUUGGACGCUGAUAUCUUUCUUGCCGACCCUCGGUCAACGUGGGAAUCUGCCGACGAAAAACCGGACGAUCUCACACUAUACCUGUUCGAAAAGAUCUCCACAGGCUGUCUCGACCAGACUACUCCGGAGGGUGACGAUAAAGCCGACGAUAGCGAUACUUCCAUGACUAGUGAUACCGCGAACGGGAAGAAGACGAAUAUCCAAAGGCAGUCUUCACACACGAGCCGCUCGAAUGAGAACAGAGACAUCAUGCAGAGGGUUGUAAUUCCCAUCUUGUCUGCAUACACGCGAAACAGAGAUCUGCCUGGCUUCAUCAAAAGAUGGGACACACAACUCUCCCAACAAUUCAAACCUUCUGAUAAUGCAUUAGAGGUGUCCCACCAAUCCAUUUGGGAAAGUUCGAGUCUAUCUCAAACCUUGGCGACAUACUUCGAGCAAUCGUUGACCUCCGCGCAAAUCUCGAGUCUUUUCCAGGAGCAUGUGAAGCGUUUACAAACGAAUAAAAAAACCAAGAAAGGCCGCAGUAACAAGAUAUAUGGCAGUAUCGUUCUCGUACAGGCCAUGCUCCAAGCCGUCACCUCCGAUGGACUCAUUGAGUCACUGAAACCCCAAAUACUGUCCGUAUGGAACACUCUUUCAACAUGGGUUCAGGAUGAACCUCCACCCAUCAUUCGCCCGGGCGUGAUAUGGUCGACCCUCUGUCGAGUUUUUGUCAUGCUUUGGCCGAUGAAUCUCCACUCGUCUCAGGUUUUACAGCAGGAGCAGCUGUAUCCUCUUAUCAAGGAGGCGUCGAAAGUUGCCGGGUCCUCUCGCAGUAAUGCAGACUCCAGAACUAAUGCAAUGGCGUUCAUGCUCUCUGCCUGUGACUGUCUGCAAACCCUCCCUGAAACAAAAGACUUAAUCACCAAGAGCCUGCGUCGGGCCCUUAAAUUUCUGUCUUCCAAGGAUAUCGAGCAGCAAGAUCUGGUUUCAGUUCUCGAGAUCUUCUGCGCGGAGUAUGUCCUGCUUCUCGAGCAUUUCGACCCAGAUGCUCGCUUGGAUUUGUUCGCAGCACUUUUCGCAACGUUGCCGAAGCUCACCGAUGAGUCAGCCCGACCCAUCGUAACCUCUCUGUCGGAACCGGUCUUCACGUUAGGAAGCCAAUCUUUGCAAACUACGUGUAUAACCGCCCUCCUCAGCUCAUUCGCCGAGGAUAAUGAUGAGUUGCUUCCUUUCGCACUCGACUCUCUGCAGCACGUCGUUCCUUCGUCUAUCCCUCGUGAGCAAAGAGAGUCUAUACUCGACGGCCUAUUGUCGUUGCUUGUUUCUGAAACCCACUCUCAAAAUGCAUGCACUAUGCUGAGCAUCAUGGUGAACCUCAUGGAGGUUGCCAACGCUACAGCCAAGGUGUCAUCCAAUGGCUCUACCCUGUUCGACCUAGCACAGAAUAUACAGCAAAACAACAUCGCAAAUCCUUUGACGCUAGAACUGCUCCAAAGUCUCACCCGCCUCACACUUGUACACAUCCUUCCCAAUAAGGAUCAGUCGCAGAAUAAGCUCUAUCUUGAGGCUUACAUGGACUGCGCUAAUACCGCUUUGAAGAAAGGUCGCAAGACUUCUUCCGCCGCCCUGGCUGUGUUACAGGGCAGCUUUCUAGCGAAUAUAAAGGGUGCGGAGCUCGUCUCAGUGGAUUCCUAUGUCAAGCUACUGAUUGCUUGUCUCGAAGGGGAUUUUGUUCCGACUGCACAGGUUAUGGAGGCUUUCAAAAACAUUCCCGCGAAAUUUUUGAUGGACCAUCCUCGAUCCGUGAAAGCCGCCCAGUCUAUCCUCCGGACAUGGCAGUCGUCUUCAAUUGGUUCGGGGUUAAUACCUGAGUCCGCUACGGAGGAACCUAUACAGUUCUGGCCAGCGUUCCACGGUGUGCUCGGCCCAUAUCAGGUUUUUGAGGGCGAUGAUAGUGACCUGAGUCUGGUUCGUUUCACGUCGAACUUGCUCGCGCAUCAGUUCCCGGGACAGCAAGAUGGAUUCUCUUAUCCACAACAAGUGAAGAUUUUGGAGUCAUUCAAGACCUCACUAUCGUCGCUCGACAUGGAAAGAAAAGAAAAUCUCCUUGGGGUGUGUUUGCGUGUUGCGCGUACUGAUGCUACAGGCGUUGCUUUCCGGCUGCUAAACGUCCUCAUCUCUACCAUGGAGGAUAAGUUAGAGACCGACACGACCCGCAAAGAGCAACAACUCGCUCUCUUACCGCAGCUUUGCACAUUGUUAGAGUGCUGUUCUAGCGAUGCCGCAUUCAACGCAAUUCUAGACUCAAUUAUCACCAUCGUCCGCGACAAGACGUCCUUGACUACUCAACACACUAUAGAAUGCGUACUCGCUUCGCUCUCUAAGCUCACAUCACGCAACAGCCCACGCCUUUUAGCGUCUCAGGCCCCAGCCAUCUUCACGCGCAUCUGCGAGACUACCCGACUGAUCUUCAUUCUCCACCGCAGCCGUCUUGGCGGACGCUUCCACGUACUCCUUCCUCUCCUUCAGAACCUUCUCCUCUGUCUGUUCAUCCCCAACACAGGACGUGGUGCCGCUCUACCUCCUUGGCUCGACCCCUUCUCUACCGCAUCCUCCGCCACGCGCCUCACCCCCGCAAACGGAGCCACUCUCACUCGACUCCUCACUACGCUCUGCUCGCCCACGCAAUCCUCCGUUACACGCCACACCUCGCACAAAUCCAAGUCUACCACCAGCAACGAGUCCACCAAAAAAGACCUCAACGAUCCCAUCAAAGCAGCCCGCGAUUAUACCGCACAAUUCGCUUACCCGCUGCUCAGCGCAUACUGCCGCUUCCAGCUCUACGGACGUCUCGACGCCAGUGUGCGCGUAGAGCUUCUACCGGGCAUCUGGGAGCUGGUCUCCGUCGCGAGUGUAGAACGUGAGGCACUAGAUGCUAUGUUUGCGGGGCUGGGACAGAGUGAGCGUGAUGUCUGGAGAGGUGUUUGGAGGGAUUGGGAGGCUAGUGUUGGUGGAAGAGGGAGAAAGAAUGAGGAGUAUUAA